AUGUCCAGCCCACCAACCCUUAUGAACAUGUCCAGUCGACCUACCUUGGUGAACAAGUCCAGCCCACAUACCAUGGUGAAUAUGUCCAGCCUACCUACCCUGGUGAACAUGUCCAGCCCACCUACCCAUUGGUACAUGUCCAGCCCACCUACCCUGGUGAACAUGUCAAGCCCAUCUACCCUGGUAAACAUGUCCAGCCCACUCACCCUUAUGAAAAUGUCCAUCCCAAAUACCCUUAUGAACAUAUCCUACCUACCUUCACUAAUUAACAUGUCCAGCCCACCUAUCCUUAUGAACAUGUCCAGCCCACCUACACUUAUGAACAUGUCAAGCCCAUCUAGCCUUAUGAAUAUGUCCUUCCCACCUAACUUUAUCAAAAUAUCCAGCCCACCUACCCUGAUGAACAUGUCCUUCCCACCUACCUUUAUCAAAAUGAUCAGCCCACCUACCCUGAUGAGCAUGUCCAUCCCACCUACCCUUAUGAACAUUUCCAUCUCACCUACCCUGAUGAACAUGUCCUGUCCACCUACCCUUAUGAACAUGUCCAGCCUACCUACCCGUAUCAACAUGUCUAUCCCACCUACACGUAUAAACAUGUCUAUCCCACCUACCCUGAUGAACAUGUCCAGCCUACCUACCCUUAUGAACAUGUCCAGCCCACCUACACGUAUAAACAUGUCUAUCCCACCUACCCUGAUGAACAUGUCCAGCCAGCCUACCCUUAUUAACAUGCCCAGCCCACCUACCCUUAUCUGCAUGCCCAGCCCACCUACCCUUAUCAACAUGCCCAGCCCACCUACCCUUAUCAACAUGUCCAUCCCACCUACCCUUAUCAACAUGUCCAGCCCACCUACCCUGAUGAACAUGUUCAUCUCACCUACCCUGAUGAACAUGUCCAGCCCACCUACCCUGAUGAACAUGUUCAUCUCACCUACCCUGAUGAACAUGUCCAUCCCACCUACCCUUUUCAACAUGUCCAUCCCACCUACCCUGAUGAACAUAUCCAUCCCACCUACCCCUAUCAACACGCCAUCCCACAUUGCCUUAUGA